AUGGAAGACAGUGACGUGUACGUGAGGGAAGAAGGUGAUCGUCCAAUGGAACAUUCGCCUCGUGGUCGGUAUAUCCGUUUUGAUAUUCGACUAGGUACGGGUGCUUAUAAAUCCGUCUAUAAAGCAUACGAUACCGAUCAAGGGAUUGAUGUGGCCUGGAAUGCUAUUGAUAUUGGCUUAUUACCUAGUACAGAAAAGACACGGAUCAUUCAAGAGGUUCAAUUAUUGCAAAAAUUGGAACAUAAAAACAUUAUCAAUUUUUACGGCAGUUGGUUUUCCAAAGAGAAAAAUCAAGUCGUGUUUAUUACCGAGAUUAUGACCUCUGGAACCUUGAAAUCAUACAUUAAGCGUGUUCAGUUUAUCAAGUGGAAGAUCAUCAAGAGAUGGUGUAUUCAGAUCCUGGAAGGACUUCAUUAUCUACACAAUCAGAAUCCACCGGUGAUUCAUCGGGAUUUAAAGUGUGAUAAUAUCUUUGUGAAUGGGAAUACAGGUGACCUUCGUAUUGGAGAUCUUGGACUGUCGACUCAAUUAGCAGUGGACAAACGUUCGAAGGCACAGAGUGUGCUGGGUACACCUGAGUUUAUGGCACCGGAACUGUACGAUGAGAGUUAUGACGAAAAAGUCGACAUAUAUGCUUUUGGAAUGUGUGUAUUGGAGAUGGUGACCAAGGAAGUACCGUACUCGGAAUGUAUCAAUCCAGCACAAAUUUACAAGAAGGUUACAGCUGGAAUUCGGCCAAAGGGGUUGCAGCGCGUGGUUAGUCAAGCUGCGCGUGACUUUAUUGAGUUGUGUCUCUCACGUGGAAAUGGACUGGUGGACGUGUCGGCUCAAUAUCUACUAGAUCAUCCAUUUUUGAAAGCGCAAGACGAUGACAAUGACAUGGUAAAGUGUUUGGAUGAAGAUGAGCUUGAGCGUGAAAGUAAAGAGGCGCAACAACGGUUGGAGAAAAUUGCGGAGGAAUCAUUCUCACUGGAGUUCAAUAUGGAAGGUGGGUCCAGAGACGGUGCUGGUUUGGUGGUCAUUGAGCACCGAAAGCAAUUCUCGUCGCUUUCGUUGGGGCCAGAAGAACUAAUAGCAGCGUCCUCGGCGAGUGGCAGUGCUUUUACUUUAGAAAGUGCUGGAAGUUUGUUGAUGCCUUCUGGUAAUGCCUUCGCGGAGACUGCCGGAACACACCAGGUACCGCCAGCUGGAGCAUUUGCGCGCGAUAUUAUUACUACCCCAGCUUCCAUAUCUAUCGAGUUGGUCCCACCACUAACGCCAGCAUUAAUGCUAACUCCAACAAUAGCACCAAUGCCAGCGCCAACCACCACUUCACCGGAAGACAUUUCUAAGGUGGCGCACUCUCCCUCUCAGCCUGUCAUUAGUGAAAUGGAUGGUGGUGAUGAGCCAUUAUCGUCGGGUAAAAACAGCGCGGAUACACACGUGGACCAAUUCCUCGCAACGUUGCCUGGCACGGAGAGUGCAAUCCAGAACACGCGGAUAAACAUAAUGGGUGGCAGAGGCCAUCGACUGGAUCUGGAAAAUGACAGCAUGCCAGUUUACGCUGAAAGCCCCGCGGGCUCGCCUGUGGCGAAUGGGAAAGAAACGCCGGAGCACUCACAAUCAUUCACCGGAGAAGCUUCAUUAUUACUUACAGAAAAUCCCAAGAUAGAGCCUCCUAAUUCUGCACCAGGGCUGUUGACACCGUCUCAAGCUCCCGAAGGUCAAAUUCCGUCGUUGAGCCUUCCCGAACGUGAUGUGGGGCCUCAAUCUAGCCUAUCCCGCCGUGCGAGUAUUCACGGUUCGUUUUGUGCAGCUGUAGCUGCUUCUACAACAGCGGAAAAUGUUGCUCCUGUAGCCAGCCAGCCGAUACCUCUGCCUCAACAAAUGUUUCACCCUGCUGCAAGCAGUGCAUCUGCACGAAAGCGCCCAAAGCGACAUGAGAUUAAGGCUGCAAAAGACCCGAACAAUGAGCACAGCAUUUUGUUGAAUCUGCGCAUCAUCAUUGACGGCAAAUCAAAGGAAAUCAAGUUUCCGUUUAACUUGUUUGCUGAUAGCCCUCACGAAGUUGCGUGCGAAUUGGCUGUGGACGUGGGUAUUCUGGAACCGGACCUUGAAGAUAUUGCCGACUCGAUCCGCUUUCUUGUCACGGAGGGCAAAAUCAACAACCUAUCUGACGUGCAAGAAGAUGUAUGGGAAGAAGCACCCGAGCCUCAUUCGUUCUCUUCGAUUCCGUUUCCAAAUGUAUCCAAGAUGUCUUUCGUGCAUAUUCCACCAGGAACGACGUACCAGCAGCAACAAGCAUAUCUGAUGGGUGCAACUCCACCGGAACGCACAUCAAAUGCUUCAAGUACGCUCACUUCAGGAGUAUCGGCUCCCUUGCGUCAAAGCUUGUUGGGUACUAGUGGUAUAGCUGGUGCUGUACCAUCUGGUGUGGAGACAAGUCAGGAGGUGGAAGGAUUGCAAGAAUCGGUAAAUGCUGCAAGUCUGAGUGACCCAUCCUCAACAUUGAUGGUAGUGGACGGUAGCAUUUCUCCUGGCAGUAGUAAUGCAGGCGCUCUCCUACCGUUUUCAGGUGAUGAAGUGGGCCGCUCGCCACCGCGGCCUGGCCUUACUCAUACUGUCAGUGAGUCUACUCUUACUAAGGAGGCCUUGCUGAGUAUCUUGGAAAUGCGAGCUCGUGGUGUGUCGAUGGGUUCGAUCGCGGAGUCAACGUAUGUGCAGCAAAUUCACCAGCUGGAAGACCGCCUGAAGAUUGCACGGACUUCGUUUGACGAACGAGAAUCGUCGCUGGAAGCUGCGAUCCGUAGUGAAGAGGAGAAGCACCAGCGUGAAAUUGAACGUUUUAGAAAGAAGAUGGAGGAAUUCGACAAGCAACGUGCUGCCAUCGCUCGACAGCAGAACGGGGACGGCGCCGCGAAUUGCUCGUCAACCGCAUUGGACGAAAGUCUAAAGUUGUUUGGUCAAGGAGAGUUGUUGGCGAACGAAUAUGUUCAGGAUUCUUCUACGGGACUUGUGGAGUUUGACAGUGAUGUGCGCCUUCCAGUCAAUGGGUCAGACGAAGAGGCCUAUCGAAUAUCUUCAGCAGCAGCAGCAGUAACAGUGCCUGUACCCGUCUCUAGCAGUGCUGCACCGCAAGCGAUUUCAAACUCUGAAGUUGUAACACUCUUAGCUUCGAUGCCAGUGAACGAGCUGAUCCCGGAGAGUGUUUUACAGUCAGCUGCACCAUCGGCAACAGGAACUGAUACGACAACAGGUGCGGCCGCAGAUCAGUCGCUGUCUGGGCAGUCAUCGUAG